UUUAAGCAGAUUCCAACAGAUGGUCGGGGAACUUUCCUCUCAGGGUCUCGUUGCUCUUUCUCCCAACUCCCCAUCUCCCCUCACAACGGACCUGACCACUACGACUGCACUCUACUUCCUCCUCUCUUCUGAAGAAAGACUCUCGUUUUAACUCCAGGAACAGGACGCUUACUCCUCUCCUCUAACCCGGGACCCAGAACUCCUUUCUGCUGUCCUCCUCCUCCUCCUCCUCUGUGGGAUCGUACAUCCAGGCUCCUUCUCUCAGCGAGGACGCUGGAGCUCAUCAUGCCCUCCGACUUUCUCUCACCUUUCCUGGAACUGGAUGAGGAAUUCUGCAAGAAUUUCCGCGGCCUGGAGGCGACAGAUGGCUCUCCUGCCGUCUCGGAGCAGCAGCGGCAGCAGCAGCAGCAGCAGCACAGCCUCAGAGUGCUCGGCUUCCAGCGACGUCACUCGCUCUGCCCUGUGACCCUCCCUAACUCCAAGUUCAACAGCAGCAGCAGCGGCGGCAGCAGCAGCAGCUCCGAGGUGACCGACUCGGCCUUGUGGGGGCUCAACAUGUCCCCCGCCUCGCAGUGGGGACGAGAGAGCCAGCUCCCCCGCUCCACGCUCAGCCACAUCCCCUUCAGGGUGGACCGCUCGGUCAGCAUGAUCGAGGGCGGCGUCGCGGCGAGAGAGGACAAAAUGGCUAACGGGUCCCCGCCGCUGCUGCUCCCUCCACCGGGGCUCUGCCUCAGCAACACCUCUCUCUCCUCUGCCACCUCCCCCUCUUCCCUCAGACCCUCGGCCGCCCCGGCGCCUCACAUCUCCACCCGCUACAAGACCGAACUGUGCCGCACCUUCGAGGAAAGCGGCACCUGCAAGUACGGCGCCAAGUGCCAGUUCGCCCACGGCAUGGACGAGAUGAGAGGCCUGAGCCGGCACCCCAAGUACAAGACGGAGCCCUGCCGCACUUUCCACACCAUCGGCUUCUGCCCGUACGGCGCCCGCUGCCACUUCAUCCACGAGAACGAGAACGGCGCUCCUGCGACUCAUCAGAAGCAGAAGCUGAGGCCUCCUCUCCUGCGUCACAGCUUCAGCUUCGCCGGCUUCUCCUCGUCUCCGCAGACUUUCCAACCGGUCGAGGAGGAGCAGCGUUCAUCCCUGCUCUUCAGCCGAGCCGCCUCGGUGUCUCCUCCCCCGUCCUCCACGGGGAGCCCCGAGCUUCUCUCCCCGCUCUUCCUCGAGUCGGCGGCGCUGAAGCACUGCCAGUAUCCCUUCUCUGGCAUCUCAGACCUGGCGGGGGACAACGGCGACUCGACGCUGCGCUUCUACGCCGUGCCGGAUUCCCUCAGCAACCGGUGUCCCACGUUCACCUCCAAAACCCAGAACCUCCCCUUCCAGCUCCCGCAGCAGCAGCAGCAGCAGAGGCCGGUCCUGAACGCACCUCCUGGUCUGCAGCGCUGCUCCUCAGCCGACUCCCUCUCUGAGGAGGGCUACACCUCCUCCUGCUCCCUCAGCUCGUCCUCCAGCGGCACAGAGUCGCCGAGCUUCGAGGGCCGCCGCCUGCCCAUCUUCAGCCGCCUGUCUGUGUCAGACGAGUAGGGGGAGUUUUUUUACUGCAGUGCUGAAUUUAAUCAGGGAUAGACUCUCUAAUCGUUUGACUCCACUUGACUACUGAUUUGCAUGUUAUGCUGCCUCAUGAGAAGAGUCGAUCCACAACAGAAACUCUUUUAUCAAAAGUGGACAUUUUAUGUCACAGAGGAUUUGAACGUUAGCUUUUCGGUUCCUUCCUGAAUCCAGCCGAGUAAACAUACCUAACUUUGUGCAUAUUGCAUUUCUCAUCCAAGCAGCUGUAGCGCUGCUCAGUGUUUGUCCAGUUUUAGCUGACUCCUCCCUUUUUUCUUUAUUUUUUUUAUAUAUGCCAUUGUUACUGCUGUAUACUGUUGUAUACCCAUUUUUGUUUGAGAGACUACUUCGCUGGGCUCGGCUCCCCGUGCUGUUCCUGCUCAGUGAGAACUUCCUGUAUCCUGAGACUUGAAGUGCUGUUCGCCCCUUUAAUGACUGCUGUGCUGUCCACUCUGAAAAAAAAAAGGAGAUUCUUUAUUGAUCUCCUCACAAACUGUUCCAGUGAUGCCAGCCUGCAGCACUUCAGUCACAUAGGGCUCUAUGACUGUACCGCUCCGCCUCUUGUCCAUGAGUAAGAGGCUUAAAUAACUGUACGCCGUCACUGAUUGAUGAUUUGAUAUUUGGUCGAUUGAUUGUAUUUGUCUGCCUUUUUUUGCAACGACUGAGCUUACCUGCCUUAGCAACAAAAAGAAGAAUAGCACAAACGUAGGCGACACACUGACUUCUCUCUAGUUACCAAAGUUGAUGUUAGACUUCCCCUAACCUCCUAGAAACUUUUCUGCUAACACCUAGCUUAGCCUUUAGCCAUGCCAGGUAAACCACAGUGUUACGAUUAUUGUUGGUAUAGCUUAACACUUUACUUGACUUAUUUAUUGCGUCUUUUUUUUUUUUAAAUAUGAGUUUGCUUUGUGGUUGUGUAUAUGCAUUUUUUUUUUUUUUUAAUAAUACCAGAUCAUUUAUGUUUACGUACCAUCUGCUAUUUGCUCUGUAGCUUUAAGAAAGGCGAGUGGAGAGGAGAGGCAAGGAGGGAGGAAAACUUUUAUUUUUUUGGCAUUCUAUAUUUUUAAGUUGCCUUAUUGGCUGAAAGGCCUGGCAGGAAUCAAGACUCACUGAAUGUUCACACCAAUUUAGCACAACCACGACUUCCUCUUCAGGGAACGUCCUCUAACGGGAGCGUGGGCGCUGCUGGUGUGAGCGUGCAGUGAGUCUACUCUCCUCUUCAUUCAGCCUCACGCCUCGGACUUUGAAGUGAUGUUAUCUGAAUGCAAAGUUUAAAAAAAGAGGAGUUACACACACAUCGAUGAGUUUUAAUGUAAGAAAAGAAUGUUAAAGUGUCAUCUCCUGUGUGCUAUCUUCUUCUUCUUGUGAUGUCAAACAGGUAGAAACCUUUUUUGUUUAAAGUUGAUUUCUUUUUUUCAGAGUUGCCCUGAUGACAAUGUACGUGUUUGUAGGCCACACUCUGUUGCACGCUAGCCAGCUAGCUUACUCUCUUGAGCGGCAGGAGAAAUCAAAGUGUGCCGGCGAGAGGGUUUCGUUCUCGCCACGUGCGGUCGACGAGUCCACACAUGACGCUCGUUGUUUUAGCAUAUCGUUAGCUUGACUCGACGGCGAGCCGUUCUUGUUACUUUUGUUAAAUUAAAAGUCUUUAUUUAUUUUGUUUUUUCUCAAAGUGAAACCUAUAUUGUGUUUUUUGUUUGACAUAAUUUAAGUGCAUUUAUUGUUUACAUUCCAGGGGUUAUCUUGAUAUCCUAGCUCUUUAUCUUAAUAUAUUUGUCCAUCAUGAUUUGAAAUAAAAGUUUCUGAACAAUGAAAA